AUGUGUUUGCCAACUGCUGCUCCUAUUGGUCCGCCCGGUUGUUGUCCAACUAGAAACUACAGUAAGUCCAGGAAGAGAAAUGCAUCUUCACAGGGAAAAGAAAAACCCAAAGUUGAUAAUCAACCACACGGGCCUUCAGAUUAUAGUACUGUCAUCUCUAAAAUUGACGGGGUUCAAAUUCAGUCAGAAAGUAAUUCCAAAGUAAAGCAAACAAAUGAACGUCGUGAGAAAUCACGUAUUGCGGCUAGGCAGCGAAGACAUCGUGAAAAUCAAUCACUAGUUGAACUGUACCUAACGCUACCAAUCCAACAAAAUCUGGCUGUUGAUGUUCUUAAGAAUAAAUGUCACAAAGUGGGACAACUAGAAGGAGAUAGCAAUGAGCAAAUAUCAGAUAGCUUAACAGAAUCUGUUUCCCUAUUGAAUACAGUUGGGCAGCUUGAUUUUGUCCCGACGUAUCGCCUUGCUGCCACUAUAUUUAGACAACACAACUUGUCAACGCCAGUGCUGGAAAAAGCUGUCAUUGUGCGCAUAGCCAGUAAUUCCUUAUGUCUGUAUAACUGGCUGUAUCCUUCCUUUGAAUCAGAUUCUAAUACCAAAUCAAGAAAUAAAUUACCACCAGAGGACUCUCAAUCAACCGAAUUGGAUUCAUCAUUGCCAUCUGUUACCUGUGAUAAUACUACUGCCGCUACCACUAUUAUUAAUAGUAUGAGUAGUAGUGGUGUCCGCGUUCAUACUCCCUUACUUGGUAGUACUGCUGAUGUUAUUCCGAAGCCACUACUGAGUGUACACUCACAGUGUCUAGUUGCUGUCAUUGUCGAUGUUACUCAUAAUAUCAUUAUUUAUGCUCCACCAGCGUACACUGAACUAAUUGGUUUAUCAUGGGUCACUACAAUUGGUUUAAAACUGAACGAAUUAGUCGCUCGACAAGUUGCAAUGGGGGUUUCAUCAAAAUUAAGGAGUCACAAUUGUUGUCAUCAUCUUCGCGAUUUACAGUAUAGUAAAUACAAUUGUAUUGAAAAUAUGAUAAACAAAAAUUCUAAACAAAAGUGUGUACAAUCUGAACUUGCUGAGAUGGAAUAUGUUGAAUGUAACCCGAUCAAAAUAUCUAAACACGCGCUCAAAUCAACUCAAAUUCAUCAAGAGUUUGAACAACCUUUGUCAUGUGAAAUGAUUUGGCCAUCAUCCUAUGGUGUAACCAGUCGUCCAUUGGGUCUCAGCUCCAUUUUACCAAAACCAACAUCAAUGUCUCUGUCACACAUGGAAUGCUCAGAACCUUCGAAUGACGAAAAAGAUCUAAGUGUACAAGAUGUUCAAGAUCCUACUACCACAGAUACAUCAAUUUCUAAGCACAUAAUGAAUCAGUACGCAUUAUGUUGGAAUAGUUCAAAUGUAUGCAUAAGAAAUACAUUAUCAAAAUAUGGCGAUCUCACAUUAGAUAUCAGCUGUAGUUCGUCGUCGUCAUCAUCAUCAUCAUCACCGUUUCCAUUUUCAAAUAAUCAUAACAUAAUCAAUAGAGCUAAUGUAGAUCAUUGUAAUACCACAGAAAUGUUGCAGGUUAACAAUGAUUCAAAUGAUUUUCAUAGUAUCAGUGUUGGCAGUGAAAAUGAAUCCACGUUUACUUCAAAUGAUACAAAUCUUCGAAUAUAUUUAUUGCAACCUAUCCAUUUAUCAAAUAUGACUAAUAGUAUGAAUAAUUGUGGUAAUAAAUGGAAUCAUGGAGCAUGUAUUAAUGGUAGCAAUCAUGUUACUAAUUGUAAUAUCAAUAGUAUUCCAGACAGUAAUAACAACACUAAAAAUAGUAGUAAAACCAAUAACAGUAAGAACAAGAAUAAUUCUUUUGAUUUUUCUCUAAAUCCAUCAUUUUCUGUAUUUAAUGAAAACAAAAGCAAUGCUGUGGAAAAAAACAAUUCAUUGGUAAAAUUUUUCAACAGCUGCGGUUCAUGUCGUACAGGUUUAUCAGAUUCAUUUAAAACCUAUCAUUCACCCACGAAUUUACAGUUUAUAGAUAUUGCUAAUGAUUUCUUAGAUCAGUUGGGUUAUACAAAAGUCGAACUUCUAAAUAAAUGUUUAUUCGAUUUGAUACAUAUUGAUGAUUUGGUGCAUAUAUCAGAAGCAAUGAAUACAGUGAAUGAAAAUCAACCGGUAAUCACUUCAUUUUAUCGAUUACGAUUAAAAUGUGGAACAUAUUGUUGGGCUCGUAUGUUAAUCUAUCAUAUGAAACGAUCACAUUAUCAUAUGUCAAAUGCUUCUUCAAUCUUAACAAAUGAUCAACCAUAUAAUUAUCAAAAUCAAAUGAAUAAAAUAUCAGAUUGUUGUAUGAAUUGUAAUGAAUGUUGUUUUAAAAAAUUUGACAAUAGUAAUUCAUCAUCUCAUUUGGCAACUUUGGAUGGAAUGAAUUCUUAUGACAGUUGUACAUCUUCAGAUUUAUUGAUCUGUUGCCAUCAAUUAUUUCAUUUCUAUCAUUCCAAUGAUGUAUGUGAAAGUUUAUCGACCAUUGAAAAAGUUACAUCUAAUUGUCGCAAUGAUGUCAAACAACAGCAACAAUCUCAAGUUGAGCCCAAUAAAUAUCAAUAUUUACAUGAAAAUAAUGAGUUUGCCUCUUAUUCAUCAGUAUUCACAUCUCAAUCAUUCACAAAAACACUUACUGAUCAACAAAACCUCAUGACAAAAUCUACUACUAAUAAUGGUAAUCAAAUCAAAUGCGAGGCUGAAACUUCUGCUUUUGUAUCCAAUUCAUAUGGAUCACAUUUUAUCUCGAUUCCAGCAUCAUCUUAUUAUAUUCAAGAUGAAUCAAAACAAAUGGAUACGUUAAUUCCAUCAUCUUCAUCAUGUAAUGAAAAGGAGAUAUCGUCUACAUUGUCAUUUGAUCCAUCCAUUUCUUUAUCAUCUCAACACUGUCAACGUUUUGGUACUACAUCAAGAGAAAAGGACAUACAUAUUGCAAAUAACCAAGAAGUUACCACUGUAAGUACAAUAGGAGCAAAAUUGAAGUUAGAUGAGCAUCAUUUGUUGAAUCAUUCCGUUCAUUCUGUUGUUUCUGGUCCUACCAUUACUGUAUCUGAUUCAAUGAAGAGAAGUAGUCCAAAUUUACCUUGUCUAACUACUGAAUUGUAUACUUACAAUUCACCUACACUUAAGGAUAAAAUUUAUCAUAAUAAGUUAGAAAAUGCCUGUUUAACAACUGCAGCCGUGGUUAAUACCAGUGUGGAACCUCAGUCAAAAAGUCAGAUAUUUAAACAAACUUUACCGAAUAAAGCAUUCAAUUCUUCUGAACAAUACGAAAAUCAAAAGAAUCCAUUUAACUGCAAUCCAUUUUCAGAUCCCAACAAUUAUCGUCCGCCUACAAAUUGUUAUAAUCCAUGCUUUAAUGAUUCGAAUUCACAUAGUAUUGUCCAAAAGCCACAUGUUACGUCAUAUAAUACUUCUGAAGAUAUUUUUGAUUAUUCAACAAUAGAUUACAACCCAGAAUUUCUUCCACAAGUUAAUAUUUGUCCUGUAUUUAAUGGUAUUGUUCAAAAAGAAUCCGAUAAUGUGUAUUUUGUUCCUCCGAAAAAACCUUGUUUAUAUCCGCUAACUAGUAAUACUACUAAUAAUAAUGAUACAAAUGAAUUCAAUCAAAACUCUAGUAAUUUCAAUUACUCAAAUAAAUCAUUUAAUGGUUUCGUAAACACAAUUCAAUCUACAAAUUUUUUAAAUCAUCAUUAUUCCAUUAUAAAUAAUGAACAUGUAAAUGAUGCUACUAAUUAUUAUCUUAAUGAUAAUGAUGAUAAAAAUCAACCAGUCAACAAUUAUGAAUUAUUUAAUCCUAAUUUACAACAACAUUAUCAUCAAACUAAUCAAUGUUAUUUUGAUUAUCAACAACAACAACAACAACAACAACCGUCACAAUCAUUAACAACGCAUCAUUAUCAUGAUCAUCAACAGUCGUAUACGCUUGACAAUUUCACUAACAAUAGCACAUUGAUUUAUUAA